UUGAGGCGACACUAUUGUUUAACGUGCGACUGCUAGCUUUCAGACCGCUGUGAGGAUUUCUUUGGGCGAUAGCUAACCCGCUGUUAACUAGAAACAAAGAUUCAAUAUGAGUUGCUGGGAUACAUAUCUCACCAUAGUGUUCAGCAUUGGUCUGGGGCUGGCGUAUGCUACUAUUUUCAUCAAUGUCGUUCUGUGUACUAUCUCCGCCGGGAGGAUCAAGAAAAGGCUAAAUCAAGUCGGUACAAAGGGACGAUCGGCACCUCCCCUAGCUACUGCGAGUAAUUUAAAGGCCAUCAAAACCCAGAGAGACCCCCAGUCACCUAAAGAACCCAAGGAUACUAAAGACCCCAAGGAUCUUAAAGAUCCCGAGGCCCCUAAAGAUCAAGAGGGACAUAAGGGAACCAAGGCAUCAUCUGCACAGUUGUCGGUGGAGACGGAGAUGACCCAGGUUGUGGCCAGGUCCUGAGUCAAGGUGGAGGGGGGGCCGGGCAACGCUAGCAGGGUGGUAGAGGAGGAUGAUGGUGACUGGUGGUAGAGGAGGAUGAUGGUGACUGGUGUUAGGGUUGUAGAGGAGGAAGUUGGUGACUGGUGGUAGAGGAGGAUGUUGGUGACUGGUGGUAGAGGAGGAUGUUGGUGAUUGGUGGUAGAGGAGGAAGUUGGUGACUGGUGGUAGAGGAGGAUGUUGGUGACUGGUGGUAGAGGAGGAUGUUGGUGAUUGGUGGUAGAGGAGGAUGUUGGUGACUGGUGGUAGAGGAGGAUGUUGGUGAUUGGUGUUAGGGUUGUAGAGGAGGAAGUUGGUGACUGGUGGUAGAGGAGGAUGUUGGUGACUGGUGUUAGGGUUGUAGAGGAGGAAGUUGGUGACUGGUGGUAGAGGAGGAUGUUGGUGAUUGGUGGAGUGUUGUGCGUACUCUAAUGGUGACUUAUCAGGUGACUAACCAAAUGACUGCUAGCUUAGUAGAAGUAAUCCAGUAACUAUCGUAAAGAGCAAUCUACAUAAUCUUUAGAUUCACCUUUUAUCAACCUGGAAAUACAGAUUUGCCCGUAUUUUGAAAUUACGAGUGAGGUUUUUUUAGAUUGGUAGAUUUUAAUUUUUUUUAAAAUUAAUUAGUAAUAAACAAGAAGUAAUGUUUAAAACUACAGGGAAUUUUUAAAACUAUUAUGCUGAGCCAUUCUGUAAGAAAAGUGUGUCAUUCAUUUGAAAAAAAAGUUAUAAAGAUCUAUGUGUGUACAACAUUUUUGUCAUCAUUUUAAGUUUUUAAUCCCAGGUAGAUUUGUCGUUGUAUCAUCUCCCCUGAUUCUAUUUAUAAAAUACGAGAACGUUGAUAGUGCCUAGCAAUAUAAAAUUUUAAAAAGUAGGUAGACAUUAAAACUAAAUACAACUAUUCUAUGCUAGCAGUCAGCUGAUCCACCCUGUCUAUUUUAACCAAACUAGUUGGCGUUGCAGGUUUCGUUUCUUUUGACCAGUUUUUGUUUUUAACUUACUUUAUUUGCUAUUUAUAGUUGCAAAAACUUUUUGCUUUUUAGAAAUUAUAUUAUUAAAACUUUGAAUAUUUUAUAUAUGUACAUGCCGUCCUGAAAAUAUAUUUAUUCUUGAAAAAAGGACUUUUGAAUUGAACUAGACGUUUUCAGAACUCUAUACUGAGGCUUACCCAUCUAUUUUUAAUCUCUUUCAUAAAAUUAUUUCGAUUUUGAUGUAAAUAAUUAUAACAUUUAAAUUUUCAAACAAUAGCGUAUUUGUUUUAAUAACGCUCUCAACAAACUUAGAGACUGCUAAGUUGUCACCUGUUUAUUGGAUCAAAUAUAAAAGGGAAAAGGGAAGUAAGCACGAUAUUAGCACUAAACAAACAGUUGUCCUCCUUAGUAAAUGUAAAAAAGUGCAUUUUGAAAUUUAAUAAAGAAAACAAAGUGUAAUAAACUAAAAUCGCUUUAUACUAAAUCAAUUACACCAUCAAAAUUUAUAACAAUUUACAUUUUGAAAAAAAAAUGUUUUUUUAAAACCCUACUUUGUUUAUAAAAUUAAUUUACUUUAAAUAUUUUAACAACUGAACAGGAAUUGGAUUAAAAGAAAUUUUGCUGUAAAAUGUUUAUAGUUUUCUAAUUAAUAAUUUUUCGUAGUACAGCAUGUUUUUAGGAUAACUAAAGCCUUAAUUUAAAUUACCUCUACUUAUUGCACUUUAUACCAGGGGUCGGCAACCUGCGGCUCGCGAUAUUAAGAUGCGGCUCUCCAGCUCCUUGAACAAAUACUAAUAAUCUUAAUAAAAAAUAAAAUAUUUGAAAUAAAAAAAAUGUUAGUGGCUCUUUAAAACCAAGGCAAUUUUGAAAAUUGUAACUUUUGGCUCUUCCGCUUCAAAAGGUUGCCGACCCCUGCUUUAUACCAAUAGAAAAGGGAAACAACCAUUACAAAAAUGGUAUUUUAUAAAUGCAGUUAUUUCUUUUUUUAAUAAAAGGAGCACUAUUUUAACUAUUUCAAUUGAAAAUAAUUUUAAUUUCGAUUGUCAUUUGUUUUAUUAGCUUUGAAUAUUAACAAUCAAAUUCGAAAGCACAUAUUUUGUACAUGUUUGUUAUUCUUUACUUUUUUCAAAUGAUAGUACUUUCAAAUAUAAAUAAAACUGUAAAGAAGUAUGUUUUAGAUGUUCAUUAUCUAACAUUACAUUUAUUGUAUUAAGUGAAGGUUUAAUUUGUUUUUAUAAGAAACAUGCCCUGUUGUAUAACUAGUUCAGUAGUAUACGGAAAGCUUUCAUGGUUGAGUAUUUUUGUUUUAAUUUCACGUAA